UACUUCGAGUGCAUCCACGAAAUCGGAAGAUAAGCACACCAUAUAAACAAUGAACACUUUAAUAUUCUUGCAAGUUAAGCCGUCAGCAUGGUCGGUGCAGGUCUGGUUCGAUGGGGAAUAGUUCUUCUUGGACUUGUCCCACAAUGCACUGGUGUCCCACCGCCUGUUCCUCGUCGGAACAAUAGCUCGGUUGAUCACAAAUACGUGAUUGAAGGCUUGCACAACAGUUCGGAUCAUGCGGGCACCUUGCAUCGUCUGCUGCGCGUUUCCCUGAAGUCUCGCUACGUGAAUCAACAUCAAAUCUCGCAGCGCGAUACGGGAGGAUACAGGAUUCGCGUUGAUGCAACCUUUGCCGUCAGCGACCAUGCCCUUGACCUUGCUGCAAAGACUAUACAGAAAAUGGUCAUGUACAUGCCAGUGGCAAUCUUUCAACGCCUGGCCUCCACUGCGACAGUGGGUGUAUUCACCCAGGCAGAAACGAUGUCGGUGUACCCCGAAUUUUACAGUACGGCAAACCCCCCGGAGUGUUGUGCACAGGACAAUGUGUGUUGCAGCGGAACUUGUCACGAUUCGUGUACGUUUGAUGGCCGGAAAUGGUUCCAUACUGCGGGCGCGGGUGGCAGGCGGGCGGUCAUCGUUGACGACAACGUUCUGUGCAACGCCAACGACGUAUAUGGGAGCCAGUCCAACAUUCUGGUACACGAGUUUACGCACACCGUGCACACGUAUGCCCUGGACAGCGCUAUGAAAACUAGAAUCGACAACGCCUACAGCAAUGCUCAGUCGAAAAACCUCUGGGCAGACCAAUAUGCUAUGAACAAUGCCGGGGAAUAUUUCGCUGUUGCGACAUCGGUGUAUUUCAAUGCCGAGCAUUUACAAGAGCCUAACGCAUUCCAAGGACCUCACAUGGCGAUAUGCGGCAGCGAAGUGUGUACCGCGGAUAACGCUGGGAAACACAACCUCUACAACAGGGACAUCACCCUGUACGGUAUCAUCUACGAGGUGUUCUCAAGCGGGGGGAACCAAUACACCAACAUCGGACCUUGCACGCAAUAGAGGAUACAUGUACCCAAAUGGAAGUGUGCCGCGCUAUGAAAAAACGGGGUUUAAUGGAUUUAUGCACAUAGUGGACUCUCCCAUCCUUCAUUAUUGGAUCAAUUUAUUUCCAAAAUUAGGGAUGUCUAGUAUAUUUUUUUCUAUAAUUAAAAUAUUUCUAACUGAAAUUUCUUUAAAGCAAACAGCGCAGACCCUGAUGAGACGCCGCAUUAUGCGGCGUCUCAUCUGGGUCUACGCUGUUUGCCAGGCCUUUUUUUCUAGACGCUACGCAUAAAUGGGUUAAUGCAUGUGCGUACAGUGUCAUCCCAGACUAGUCUGUGCAGUCCGCACAGGCUAAUCAUAGACAACACUUGCCGCCUAGACUCGAUAUUUGUUUAGAAAAAAACAACAACAUAAAUUGGAUAUUGCGUCAAAAGAGACUUUCUUUAAAUGAAAAAUACCAGAAAAUCGUAAAGUGCCAUAUUUGAUAAGCCUGCACGGACUGCGCAGACUAAUCUGAGACAAAACUUAACACACUAUAUGCAUUAAGCCCAGUUUUCCCAGAACGAUUCUUGUAUUGUAUGAAUUUGGCAUGUUCUUCAUUAAUAAAUUGUUCUAAUUAA